GCAGUUCUGCCAGGAGCCGUGAGCGUGUGUGUGUGUGCGUGCGUGUGCGCGCGCGCGUCAACGUGCGUGUGUGUGUGUGUGUGGCGUCUGUCUGAAACAUGAGCCGCUUGCGUUAGGCGUCGGGAGGGCGAUUCAAAAACGAGGGAAAUCUCGCGUCAACGCCGCCGCCGUCAUCCUCAUCCUCUUCAUCGCCCUUCUGCUCCGCGCGGAAAAACCGGCCAGAUUGAAUUAGGCUGCUGAAAUAAUUUGUGAAGGGAAGGAAGGUGUGACACGCUCACACACACGCGCGCGCGCGCGCACGCCCCACAGAGUGUGUGUGUGUGUUGUGCUUUGCGUUAGUGUUAAUGCUCUUGUUUACUACUCUCUUAAUUGCCAGCCGUGGAAAACUGGAGCGCACAUGUCGUGAUCUGAGAAAAGCGUGGGGUUAUUCUUAUGGAUGAACAUAUGAUCUGAACUCAACCCGGGUCAAACUGCUCCUCUCUCCUCCCCUCUCCGUUUUGUCUCCUCCUCUCCCUCCCCUAUGCUCAGUUCGGUGUGUGUCUCCUCAUUCAAAGGGCGCAAGGGUGGGAACAAGUCGUCCAACAAAGCAUGUUACAGCGCCGACAUGACUUGCCCGUCGGAAAGCGAGAAAAUCGUCAUCAACUGCGGCGGCGUGAGGCACGAGACGUACCGGAGCACCCUGAAGACGCUGCCCGGGACGCGUCUGUCGUGGCUCACUGAGCCGGACGCCUUCAGCAACUUCGACUACGACCCGAAGUCCGACGAGUUCUUCUUCGACCGGCACCCGUCCGUCUUCUCGUUCAUCCUCAACUACUACCGGACGGGCAAGUUGCACUGCCCCAACGACGUGUGCGGCCCGCUGUUCGAGGAGGAGCUCGCCUUCUGGGGCAUCGACGAGACCGACGUGGAGGCGUGCUGCUGGAUGAACUACCGGCAGCACCGGGACGCGGAGGAGGCGCUGGACAGCUUCGAGACGCCCGAGCCGGAGGUACCGGACGACGACCCGGCGCUCGCGGGGGACGGAGACCUGAAGCGGCUCUGCCUGCAGGAGGACGGCAGGAAAGUGGGCUGGUGGCGCGUGUGGAGACCCCGGAUCUGGGCGCUCUUCGAGGAUCCCUAUUCGUCCAAAUACGCGCGGUAUGUGGCGUUCGGAUCCCUUCUGUUCAUCCUCAUCUCCAUUUCCACCUUCUGCAUGGAGACGCACGAGGCGUUCAACACCAUCUACAACAAAACGGAGAACGUGACGGACGGGAACGUGACGAGGGAGGAGAUCGUGUACGAGGUGGUGACGGACAGCUGGCUGACGUACGUGGAGGGAGUGUGCGUGAUCUGGUUCACCAUCGAGGUGUUCACGCGCAUCGUCUUCUGCCCCGACAAGGCCGAGUUCUUCAAGAGCGCGCUGAACAUCAUCGACUUCGUGGCCAUCCUGCCUUUCUACCUGGAGGUCAGCCUGAGCGGGCUCUCCUCCAAAGCGGCCAAAGACGUGCUGGGCUUCCUGCGAGUGGUGCGCUUCGUCCGGAUCCUGCGCAUCUUCAAGCUGACGCGACACUUCGUGGGCCUGCGCGUCCUCGGGCACACGCUCCGGGCGAGCACCAACGAGUUCCUCCUGCUCAUCAUCUUCCUCGCCCUCGGCGUGCUCAUCUUCGCCACCAUGAUCUACUACGCCGAGAGGAUAGGAGCCAGCCCGGACGACCCCACGGCGAGCGCGCACACCAACUUCAAGAACAUCCCUAUCGGUUUCUGGUGGGCCGUGGUGACCAUGACCACUUUAGGCUACGGAGAUAUGUAUCCGGAGACGUGGUCGGGCAUGCUGGUGGGGGCGCUGUGUGCCCUCGCCGGGGUGCUGACUAUCGCCAUGCCCGUCCCCGUCAUUGUCAACAACUUCGGCAUGUAUUACUCCCUGGCCAUGGCCAAGCAGAAGCUGCCCAAAAAGAAGAACAAACACAUCCCGAGGGCCCCGCAACCCGGCUCGCCCAACUACUGCAAGCCGGACGCCCUCGCCAUGGCCACGGCCUCGCCCCAGAGGAUCCUGGGUAACGUGCUGGGCGGCGUGCUGGGCUCCAGCGGGCUGACGGGGGACUGUCCUCUGGCUCAGGAGGAGAUCAUAGAGAUUAACAGAGACUCGAAGCAGAACGGCGACGCAGCCAGCGCCGCUUUAGCAAACGAGGACUGUCCAACGAUCGAUCAGGUUCUUAGUCCGGACGAGCGCAGCCCGGUGGGCCGAACACAGGAGCGCUACCAGCAGGACAGAGCCUGCUUCCUCCUCAACACGCGAGAGUUUCGACCCACUGAUGGGAAUGUGAGGAAAGGCCGUCAGUGCAGCGCCAGAGUUUCUAAUGCGUGACUGUGGUGUUAAGUUUCUAGCAUUUGGCAGUUCUAUUAAGGAGACAUGGUUAGUCGCUGAAUCCUGAAAAUUUUGCCGAUGGGGCCGUACCAUCCACGCGGGACAUGUCGGAGUGGCAAGAGGGCGUGACUGGAAACAAAACGCAAACGAAAAAAAAAAAAAAAAAAAAAGAAACGCACGGAAACUGGAAUUUUCCCGAGGCCGGAUCUUCACACGGUAACCAAAGCAACCUCACCGAAAUUCCGGAUCACUCCUCUUUCUACAGACUGACUGACUUUACAGCAACAAAAACCGAACAUUGCACUGACACCUGAAAGAGAAAAAAGACUCUUGAAGGAACGAACGGAAAACAUUCCAACGUUUUAAGAUCAAAACACCAGGCGUUUUGACUGCCGCACUCACCUGGGCCCUGAGUUUCUGUAUAUUAAUCUAUAUGUAAGAAUGAAGGACCAAGUUAGAAUAAUUAUGUAGCAUUUCUGCUAAGACCCUGUAGCAUUUCUUGGCUGGGAGAACUCUCCGACAGACUUUUUACAGACUGAUAUUUCAUUGACCGUUUGCACAGAAUGACUAAAAAUGGCUUAGUCAUGCACAAUUUUUCUUGUUUUCUUCCCCCACUCAGCAUAUUAGCAGCGAAAUGUGUUGUCUGUGCAUUGCCGUGUGGUAGUUCCCACUCCCCGUCUGAGUCUUAGAGUAGCUUUUCUUUGUGAAUGAAUCUAGAGCACUGAAAAGUGAAACGCAGCACUCUGCUUCGGUAACAGACGUACGUUGCUAUUCCCAAACAGUCUUCCAGUUUUUUUUUUCCCGAGCGUUCGGGGGAAGCAACGACGAAAAACAGUCCCGACAGACCAAAGCCCAACUGUGACCAAAUAAUGUACGGAAGCUAAAAUGGCACAAAAUAACUUAAGACGUCCCCUGCCAGAUCUGAACUUUUCGUCCCUUUAAAUACGAACGGAUUGGCUGUUCUGCCAGGGGUGCUGUUUGUAAUCUCCCCCCAAAAAAAAACCUUAAAAUGAUGGAGGUCUCUCCAUUCCUGAUUAUAGAGAUUUAUUUUGUAAUUUAUUAUUUUCUAGAGCUGAUGCUGCCAUCGAUUAUAUACAAGCACAUGCGAGUGCUAGGACCAAUAACAAGAGGAACUUUGUUUUUUUUCUUCGUGGAAAGAGGGUAUAAAGGUCAGGGAAAUGCAGAGACAUUCUUAAAACCUCCCUUUCUAAAAAUCGUCUAUACGUCUAAAACUGCCUUUUCAGAGUUUCCCUCCGUCUCUGUCUCGUAUUCUCUCCUAUUGGCUUGACAGCGCCGUUCCUUCUUAACUAAUCAGAGGGAACGUAGGAGGUCACGCCAAACGAAUCAAGAAGAAUAAAUGUACAAAAAAAGAACAAAUUUAUAUUUUGAUAAGUAGUUGCAAAAACAUCUCCAUGGUUCAUGAGGGACGUGACGCAGUCGGCGUCCGAACGCGACUGUAAAAACGCAGCGUGACCACCCUAUGAACAGCCGCUGACUUAUACAAAAAAAGAACGAAAUAAAAAUAUUAACGCGCACUUUCGGGAGGGAGGGCGCAAAAACAGAAAAGAUUGUGUCCUCGUAGACUGAACUGUGAGAAAAUGGAUGUCAAAAUAUAUGAGAAAAAAAAACGAAUGAAAAAAAUACUACUUGGAGAGAAAAAAAAAGUAAAAAAAUGCAUUUUUGUAACUUUGUUUACCAGCAUGAGAACUUUGCAUGACUGUAUUUUCAGCUAGCCCUUAGUUGAAGUGGGGAGGGCUAAAAUAAUAAUAAUAAUAAAAAAAAGAUAUUAAUAAUAAAGAUGUUAAUAAAAAUAAAUAAAUAAAAAAACAUGAUAUGCAAUGGAUAUUUAAGAAAAAUAAUAUAUUUAAAAGAGCUAUAUUUUGUUUUGAAAUAGGAAAAAAAAAUGUGAAUAAAUUCUGACUGCGAGUUACACACUGAACUGUUUUAUUAGUUUAAGAUUAAAAAAAAAAAAUCCUCAAUGCCACCAAAAGCGAUUCUGCUACAUACUGCCCCAUGUUACAUUCUCGUUCGGUUUCAUUUCUUCCAUCGAAAGGCCGCCUGGACUGUAUAUUUUGAUUGCGAAUCUCUCUCUGUAUGCUGUAAAAGUCGUCUAUCUCGUCUCUUAACGAAGCGUUCGGCUAAUGUUUGUCUGCGUGCAGCAUUAGUUCCCUCUGUAGCUAUGAUAACAACUGUGCUGAUGCUAGAAUCCUCUGUAAGCGGGAUAUGGCGUCUUUUCCCACAUGCAUCGGGGCUGAUAGCGUUUCAUUCUCACUUUUGAGUUCACCUGCUCUCAUUGGCAAUAAUAUGAACGAUAAUCUAGAGAUCUGCUCGAUGGAGAUUGUAGCAAGGCAAAGUGGAGACUCGUAUCAGUCUCAGCGUCUUCCUUACGAACAGAUGCAGCAUGGAAAACUGUGUUUUUGUAGAGGCGUCGCGUCUCUAAUCUCAGGUGAAAAAUGUGAAUGCUCAGUUCUGCAACGGACCUCUGCCUGGCCAUGCAGCAAUUUCUCAUUUUCAUCUUGUUUGAUUGUUUUUAAGAGCAUUUUGGAGUCACUUUUUGAUGUAUUUCCUGUUAAAACAGGAAGUUAGGACACGGGCAUUAUCCCUUGCCAAUAGUAUUUAGCCUUUUGCAUAGCAAAAGCACUGCUAAUAGUUUAUUCGGUGUUUGAAAGCCAUUAAAACACUUGAAUAUGAGUAAGCUCAAAAGAGAAAGAAUUUAUCAUUCUGUAAUAUUAGAAUUGCUAACAUUAUUCAUGCUAAUUUAGUGUCUUAAAAUCGCAACCCAGUUUUUUUAUCAUUUUGUUUAUCACACAACUUUUUGGUGGGCUCAAGAAACCAGGUUAAAGCUAAAUCGUUAGCGUUUAGCUUUAGUUAAUAAAACAUCACAGUGUUAAAUGGGUUUAUUUGUCAUUAUGUAAUAUAGGCUACGUAAUUAAAAUUGCUAACUCUAAUCACGCUAAUUUGGUGUCCGUAAAUGUGCACUUUUGUAAUUUGUUUAGCAGUUGUUUUUGUAUAUCAGGCUGAAGCUAAAGCUUUAGCGGUUAGCAUUAGGCUAAUGUGAAACAUACCAGUUGACUUAGGCCUAAAUGUGUUAUCCUAAUGAUAAAGAAUUAAAAUAGCUAACUCUGAUGAUGCUAAUUUGAUGCCUCGAAAUGUUUAGCUUUGCACAUCAUGGAAUUUGUUUUCAGUUGUCAGUACACAGGCUUAAGCCUUUAGCAUUUAGCUUUAUGUUAAUGUGAAAAGUUGUCAGUUGUCAUAAUAUUGGCUACAGAAUUGAAAUUGCUAACCAUGCUAAUCUGGCAGCCUAAAUGUUCAGUUAUACACAAUAUGUUUAUCAUAGAAGUUACUUUUGCUCCUCAGGACACCGAUUUGAAGCUAACCUUCGAGCUAACCUAGCAUUUGGCUUUAAGCAAACGCGAAACACUGUACUCGAGUUAAAUACGUAAACUGCUAUCUGUUCAGUUUUACACAAAGUUGUUUUUAGUUCUCAAGACACUUAGCUUUAAGCUAUUAAACAACAUAACUGAGUUCUUGUUUUUUUUUUCAGAUGGGCCUCACUCAGUAGCAUCUUUAGUAGCACUGCAGCUAAUCUGUUAGCAUGUACCUCAAGGGCAUUUGCAAACCUGUUCACACCAUUGAAGAAUGUGCAAAAAUUAGUGAGAGUCCUAUGCAAGACAUAUUAGCUAUAAGCCUCAUAACAGGUGAAUUUACGAAUCACGUUUUGACAUUUAUUCUGUCAACUUAAGCAAAUGAGUCGAGGUUUAUAUUUCCAUUUCGGAUGCGUGUGAUUUUCUUUCAAUGACAGGGCAGAUGGAAGAUAAAAUAUGGCCAGUUGCCCUUGACUGUCUUGUCGCUGAUAUCGCGGAUGUAAAGCAUCUGCUAAUUAGCAAGUCGACAGAAACGACUGAAAGGACGGAACGAAGUGAAUAUGAGAGACGGCGACGGUUCGAGCAGGCAGCGGUCCGGUGUCUGGUGGGGGGGUGGUUUGUGAUAUUUCGGGUGUGCUGAUAUCAUCGGCUUCUGAUAUAUGGUGGAAGUGGACAUGCGACCUUUUGGAGAAAGACAAUAUGACACAGCUUAUAUUUUAGAAACCUUACCAAGCGAAAACGAGACGUCUCGACCAGUGCUGGGUCACUGGGUCCGUUCCCAGCCCAGAAUGAAACCUUAUAGCCCAAACAGGUCUUGGUUUUUUUUCAAAGUUGUGCAUAUUUAUAGUUUUAUAAAUGCUUUUGUUUAUAAUUAUCGAUUUAUAUUUUAUACAGAGCUUUUUUUGUUCCGAGUUCAUCAUUUCGACGAUUGCUCAUAUUUUUUACGACCACUUUGUUGUUGUCCGCUACGAAUAUAUAUAAAAAAAAAGGAGCCUGCGUUUGGUUUUAUUUUAGGAGGCAUUAAGACCACUCUGGUCCAGGGGUCACAAAUAAAUCAUUUAAAGCAUGCUUCUAGCAGGAACAACACGACGCAGAUCCACGCGGGCCAACGCCAGUCUGAUUCAGUUUUAUUCUCUAACAUGUCGGUUUUGUUUUCGGGACAAGUUGAGCUUGUCUUUGACGCACAUUGAAGCACACUGCCCUCUUAAGAUGAUUUGGAAUGGUAGAUCUGUCUGCAUCUAAUUCUUCUUGUUCGAUUUACUGUGCCUGCUCUUGUAUCCAGUGUCAGUUCGAUCACCAGUUUCUUGUGAAUUAAGUUUGAUUUGAUGUACUUGAAUUACAGAUAUGCAAUCACCACCUCUCUGACCACUGCCAAUCAUCCCGAUCAAUCAACAUGAUCAGUAAUCAAUAUGAUUAAAGUGAUUAACAACCUUGA